GAUGUAUUGAGUGGACACAAAACAAAUAUACAAAAUGCAGUAUUAUCAUGUUUUUUUUAAAUAGCAAGAAAUAGUCUUUGAAUUUUUCUAUAGUUUUGAGAAAGAAAAAAAGUGCGUGGUCUCCGUUUACUACAGUAACUGUAAACAUGGUACAUUAAGAGGUUUUAAUUAAAUCACCUAUUCGUGUUUUUACAACGGCAUUUUGUUUUCUUUUCUACAAAACUUGACUGGAACGCCUCUAUAUAAAGUGAUAUAAAAAGACAUGGAUUAUAUCAGGACUUUACAUGUGUUUUGGAUAUAUCUUGUUUUUGUUCGUAAAGUGUUUGGACAAGACUGUGCAGUACAUGAUGGUAAAUUUUAUGGAGAUAAUACCUGUGCUACUUUACAAACAAUUCCACCCUAUUAUACAAAAUACGGUUCAAAUAUCACUUUGCGUUGUAAGUCUCGAUUAUUGCAACAAUCCGUAGCUGGUUUCAAGUUCUGUCCAGUUGAAAUAUGUACCCCAGAAGGAUGGACAGAUGGAUAUAUUUCCUGCGCUCGAACUGAAUGCUACCACGAAACAUUAUCGAAGACAUACAUGGGAACACGUAGUUGUGGAUUUUCUGGGACGCCAUGUCAGUUAUGGAAUCAACAAUCACCACACGUGCAUUCUCACGUUAGUUCUGACUUCCCUGACCUUGAUAUCGAUCUGGCAAUGAACUAUUGUCGUGACCCAGGGGGUGCACGUGGUGAACCAUGGUGUUAUACCACUAAUCCAGACGUUACCUGGGAAUUCUGUGAAAUAACGAAGUGUGAAGGACUACCUAUGGAUUAUGGACAUUGUGCGAUAAAAGGAGGACAAAUGGCCAGCCGUGAUUAUUCAAAGACGGAUAAAGAUUUACCAAACUAUUUACAGUUGUAUCAACAUAUGACGAGAUCAAAAUUAAACUGUGCUGAGACAUGUAACUUCAAUCCCUUAUGUGAUUUAUAUACAUUCGAUUCUACUGUAAAUCGAUGUGUUUUGUACGAGUUUAACAUGAAUGGAAACUAUGUAUUAUGCAGUGGAACAGACAAAUGCUUUAUUCGACAUACUUCAUUUAUGCUUUUGUAGAGAUGUUGGAACACAAGCUUAGUGAUAACGUUUGUCUUUUUAUUCCUACAGUUAUAAGUGUACCUGUAUUCUUUGAAUAGAGGCAAUAAGGUUGUAUUUAAUCAUUUCAAUGCAUUCGUCUUGAGUUCUUGAGUUACCAUCACAGACAAUUUGUCGGCCAAAAGUUUUGAAAGGCAACUGCUUUAAAAAAACAAUGCUUCCAAAGAGUUAUUACUUACCGACAUUUAUGAAAAAAUUGACAAACAAAACAGCAUCGAUAUUGAUAAUACAUUAUACAACGAAUGAAGAUAAAACUGAUUGACUAACCAGGAGUAUAACAACAAUUCAAAGAACGAUGCAUUUACAUAUUAUCCAGCAUAAAGUCACGUGAUAAUGAUUUUCCUGUAAAGUAUUAGGGAUUGAUAAACUUGCGCUUUCUAGUAUA